UAUGGCGCUGGGCAGACUGGUUCAGUGUUGUCGGUUUUUGCUUCAUGAGCCAAAGAAAGGGCUGUUUAGUGGCAUUUUGCGUCCAGGGUGGAUAGAAGGCUGCGCAGGAGCAAAGAGGCAUCUGUUGACAGAAGAUGUCAUCAAACUACAAGACUUCCAGCGAAAGAAGCUGGCUGUGGCCUACCGUGUCGCUGGAGCAAAAGAAAACUACAUCAAGCAAUUCAGUCAAAAGUUACAAAAAAAGGAGCUGAUACUCCGGGAUGAGCUGAAGCUUCUUCUGCAUUUGUGCCAGUCUAAAGAUGACAUGGUGAUUGCCAGAGAUGCCAUUUAUAGAUACUAUUCAGAAAACAAGACCGUGUUAUAUGGGGAGUUCAGGUUUGGUCCUCUGUUCAUGAGGCUGUGCUAUGAGCUGGGUCUGGAGGAGAUGGCUGCUGAUACAAUUAAAGAUGAGAGUAUUAAAGGAUUCUUCAGUGACUCAACCUCCUUUAACAUCGCCAUAGACAUGUUAUUCUCAAAAGGCGCUUAUGAGAAUGCUCUAGAGGUGCUAAGAACCAUGAGGAGCCAUGGUGUAACAUUUAAUAAAGACACACUGAUGCUGGCAUGUGGAACCUGUUAUAAACUGAACACACCAGAGUCCUACAGGAUCUGCAGGACCCUGAUUGAGGAGGCCCAUAGCAAAGAGCAGUUCAUCCUCAGAAAUGCCUACUGCUUUGCUGUAGCAUUAGCAAUUCGACAGAAUGAUACUGAUACAGCACAAACGUUGUAUUCGUACAUUUUCAACACUGAGAGCAAACUCUGCCGAAAUUUGAAGGUUUUAUUACUUACAAUAUCAGGAGAAGUGGAGGAAGCUGUUUCCAUUCUGUCUGCAGCCACAUUACAGAAAAGUCCUUCAUUUGUGAAGAAGCCUGAAUUUUGUCAGGAAGUGGUGGAUUUGCUUCAAUUACGAACUGAAAAUGGACCUUACAUGAUGAGAGUGGAACAGAUAGUGUCUCAGCUUGUGCAAACUGGUCAAGUAAUUCAGCAGACCCUUGAUGAUGUGCUGUGCUACACGCCGCCAGUGAAGAGAAAACCUGUGCUAGUAAUGCAAGAGAGGAGGACAAUCAGUCGAAGGACUCUGAGGCCAUUGCAGUCCACUCUGCUGUCGGAGUGAGGGAUACCAUGUGAUAUUCCAGGACUGUGAAUGCAGCGAGUGUUGACUGGCUGAAGCUGACCUUGUCACAUUCACCUACCGCUCCUACAACACAGAUGAUCCCUUCGCAGACUGGAUUUUGACAACCUACUUCAGUUGCAACUGUGAAUUGUAAAGCAAAAGGUCAAAGGUUAUCUUAUUGUAGCAGGCUCUUCAGCAGUAAUCUAGUGGACGGAAGACUGCAAUGGAAACACUGAACAUGAAUGUAUGGUGUCACAUGUAAGAUGGGAGAAAAUGGACUGUACACAUAUACUGGUGUGAGUUAUUAAAGAGUAAUAAGAUACUCAAGAGA